CGUGUGUCCGGAACCCGCCGGCGGCUCAGCUAGCGGAGCGACCCUGGUUCAAGUGUUUGAAGGACAGCUCCGUUAGCUUGUCAACGUUCUGGCGGCGCACGGGCGGGCGGGCUCGUGCUGUGAUUGGUGCAUCUCUCGGGGAAGCGGGGACCUGGCCGGCGCGGUUACUAUGACGGCAGGCGGUGGAGUCUCCGCCUUUCCGGGCGCCGCCAUCUUGUUGUUGAUUCGAACGGUCAGGAGCGGGCGAGGGGGCGCCAGGACCGAGCCGGAACCGGGGGUCCCAGCGCCGCGUCCCCCGGGCGGCAGGGAGAGCCUGUCCCGGUGGCCAUGCCUGCUCCACACACCAGCAUUUGGGGAGAGGAGGCUGUGCAGUCCCAGAUGCCCUCCAGCCAUAGGAAUUAUGAUACCUAUGGACAGACUUCACAAUGCAUGAUAGAAAGGGGCCAUGACUGGGACACAAUGCAGUAUAGGAGCUGCGGAACACCUACCCAAGGUGUGGGAGGCAAACCGCCACUCCAGUGCUGCACCCACGAGCUGCUGGUUCUACGAAGAGCUGGACAUGAUACUCAGUGGCGACCCGACCUCCACUGCAAAGGCCCCUGUGGAUACUUCGUUGGCUCGUGUGCCAGUCGAGAGUGGACUGAGCCAGGAGGAGGAAAUCUUUAAUGGGGAGGGGGAUGCAGAGGCAGAGGAUGACUCAGAGGCCAGGGAUGCAUGCAGCCAGGAGCUCUUCUCUACCCCGGAGGAGCCUAGUCAGUCACAGCAGUCGGAUCUUGGCGAAGCACAAACAAGAAAGGAGGCCCCUGAUCAGAACAAGACUAAUUCCUGGGAUUUCUCAGCCGUGGCUGUCUGCCUCUCGUGAAGCUGCCCCCUCCCAGCCCAUGCGGCUCUCCCCAUGCCCCAAGCGUGCAACUGGUGCCGAACGCAAUGUGUGUUUGUCAAACCAUGGAAGUGGGCAAGUAUGGCAAAAAUGCCAGUCGAGCCGGAGAGCGAGGGGUCCUGUUGGAGCCUUUCAUUCACCAGGUGUGGUGUCUGUCUGCUUUGAGGGAGACAGUGAUGGCUACAUUAACUUGGUAGCAUAUCCCUACGUGGAGAGCGAGGCCUUGGAGCAGGAUGACAUGCCAGAGAGGGACCAGCCUCGGCGUAAGCAUUCCCGCAGGAGCCUUCACAGAUCCAGCAGUGUUGGUGAGCACAAGGAGGAGAGACCCAGCCUGGCCAAUGACAACCCUGAGAGCAGCAUCCAAGAGACAAAGAGCCCCAAGGUGGAGCUGCACAUCCAUUCCGAUGUUCCGUUUCAGAUGCUGGAUGGGAACAGCGGCCUGAGCUCAGAAAAGAUCAGCUACAACCCAUGGAGUCUGCGCUGCCACAAGCAGCAGCUGAGCCGCAUGCGAUCGGAGUCCAAGGACCGAAAGCUCUACAAGUUUCUUUUGCUGGAGAAUGUGGUGCACCAUUUCCGAUUUCCCUGUGUGCUUGACCUGAAGAUGGGGACCAGGCAGCAUGGAGAUGAUGCUUCUGAAGAGAAGGCUGCUCGGCAGAUGAAGAAGUGUGAACAGAGUACCUCAGCCACGCUGGGCGUGAGAGUCUGUGGAAUGCAGCCCCACUUUACUGGGCCAAGUCAAGCUUAUGGGCAUGAAAAGUACCAGUACCUGUACUCCAGACGCUGCAAUGUUACCUCUCCUGCUGUCUCUAAAGUCAUGUAUAUACAAAUAAAAGCGGUUAGAAAUUUAGCAGUCAUGUGCACGUCUCUCUGUGCUGUUGUUUUCUCCCACCAAACAUUUCCCAAACUCGUGGUAUCAGGUAGGCUGCAGGAGUGCCCACCAGGCACUUCCUUACCACAGAUAGAGAAUGAUCUAUAAAGAUAAAGCUGAAUUGGUGGGGGAGGGGAUGUAAUAUACAUGCCAAGCAGUUGAGGUGGUGAUAGUGUGGCUGUGCCAUCUUUGAUCUGAGUACAUUGCACUGGGUAUGGUGGGAAAAUUGACCAGAGAGGAAUCCAGGGACUGCUAUGAGAAAACAUCAGCCUAUGCUUCCUCUAACUGCUGUGCAAUCUCAGACACUGCCUGGGAAAGGAUCUCCACAGUCCAUUGGAUAUCAGUGUGGCCUUGGUUACGGAGGCACCAAUAGUGGCUUCAUAGUUAAGGUUGAGUUUUGCAACUUAGGGAUUCAGCUUCUUACGGAGGAAGAGUACAGUGUACCCUCCAUACAUUCUGAUUUUCUGAAUGGCUUCAUUCUCUCAAUCUAGAAGGCUAACACCCUGUGGACAGCUAGAGAGUGAAGUCUUUGCUCCCUGCCACUGGAAUGAAACUUAGGGUAGAAUCAGGAGAAAGAUGUCCUGAUUGAUGUGGAACUGUGAUACAACCUUCGGUAGGAAAGCAGGGUGAGGUCUGAGCUGAACCUUGUCCUUACAGAACACGGUGAAAGGGGGCUCUGAUGUUAGGGUCUUAAACUCAGACACCCUCCUGGCCAAGGUUAUCGCUAUCAGGAAUGCGACCUUGUAAGAGAGGUAGAGUAGGGAGCACGCUGCCAAGGGCUCAAAGGGCAGUGCCCUGAGUCUAGAAAGGACCAGGUUGAGGUCCCAAGGUGGGACAGGCUGCUGGACGUGAGCGUAUAGGCUGUUGAGACCUUUUACAAAUUGGCUGACCAUCAGGUUAGCAAAGACAGAGCGGCCUCCAUGCCUGGGUGGAAUGCCGCGAUGGCGGCCAAGUGAACCCUUACUGACAACAUUGAAAGCCCCUGCUGCUUCAGAUGGAGGAGGCAGUCCAGAAUAAGUGGCACUGGGGUAGCGUUGGGAGCAAAUGAUGCUCUGCCGACCAGAUUGAAAAUCUCUUCCACUUGGCAAGGUAGGCAGCUCUCAUAAAGGGUUACCUGCUGCUAAGGACUUGUCUAACCUGGUCUGAACAGGAAAGGUCCACUGGGUUCAACCUCGGAGUUUCCAUGCUGUGAGGUGCAGCACCUCAAGGUUCGGAUGUUGGAGACAACCAUGAUCUUGUAUCAGGAGGUCAGGAGGAGUGGCAGGGCAACUGGAGCUUCCACAGACAUGUCUAGGAGAGAUGUGCACCCGUGCUGGCAGGGCCAGGCUGGAGCUAUCAAUAUGACCUGAGCUUGUUCCCUCUGGAGCUUGAGGAGUACCUUGUGAAUGAGCGGUAUGGGCAGAAAGGUGUAUAGAAGACAACCUUCCCAUGGGAGGAGGAAAGCGUCUGUGCUGGAGACUGGGCUGUGAUUUUUUUGGAAGGAGCAGAACUGCUGGCAGUUCCUGUUGCGUUGCAUGGUGAAUAGGUCUAUCUGGGGAAAUCCCCAUUUCUGGAAGAUUGAAUUCACGACGUCUGGGUGAAGGGACCACUUGUGGCCAUGAAAGGACCUGCUGAGGUGGUCCGCCAGCUCGUUCUGUACACCAGAGAUCCGUGUGACAUCAUCGCUAGCUUUCCCUUUGACUGAACAGGGUGCUGGGAUGGAGCCUCUGGUGCCAGCACAUCCACCUGCUUUGGGGGCGAGAAUGGCACCGUGAGUCUCAGCAGGUCCUGCGCCGCCUCAAAAGCCUCCGGGGUGGACAGGAGCAGCAGGUGCUCCAAGGAAUUCAGCGAGCAGGAUGGGCCUGGACUAGACUACCUCACUUGGGCAGGAGUCGAUGUAGCCCCUCUCAGAGCAGUGGCCCAACUGAGGUGCCACUGAUGGAUGGUCCCUGGAUCUUGCCGAGGGGGAUCAGCCUCUUUCCGCCGUCAUCUUCUGCGCGGUGAUUGGGAUCGGUGCCGAAGGCUGGAGUGCCCCCGAGAGACUCCAUGGCGGUCUCGAGCCUCCUUGGAAAUGUCGUUUUUCGACGCCGCAUCUCUCAAAGACGGUGCUGGAGGGCUCCACACCGAAGAAGACGUACUGGGAGCAGGAUCCCUGGUGCCAGGGUCUGACUGAGGUCAGAGAGCUGUCUCCAUAAGGAGGACUUUAUGCCACUACUCCCUCUCUUUAAGAGUUCUUGGUUGGAAUGCCUGACAGAUCUUGCAGUGGUCUUUUUGGUGACCUUCGCACAGACACCGUAAACAGGAGGUGUGGGGGUCACUUUUAGGCAUGCACUUCGUGCAGUCUUGGCAAGUCUUGAAGCCCAGGGAUCACGGCAUGCCCUAGUGACAAAUAGGUGGGGGGAGAAAAAUGAGGGAGGGAACCCCCCAUAAUUGAAACUUAUAAAUGAACUAUCUACACCAACUAGAAUUAUCUAUCUAUGGCGAAAAGUGAAAGUACAGCUAAGCCCCUUGCCGAAGCAAGAGCAAGGGGAAGUUCAGCCAUCGUCACUGGUGGUAAGAAGGAACUGAGAGGGUGGCGGGUCAGCAGGGCCUUUUAUUGGGCGCCAUGAAGGAUGCUGCUAGAGGAGAAAAUUUCUGGCUACUGUGCACGUCCACAAACCUGACUGGAAUGGAGAUGAGCAAGCAAUCGAAGAAGAGCCAUUAUUCCAUCUCAUUUAUAGUUAAGGGCAGCUAAAUAGCAUGACAUCAGAAGUAACUCAGCCAGUCACCACGGCUAGUCCUCUACAGCUAACUUACCUGUUGCAAUGUUUUUGGUUAAAGUGAGUCAAGGGCAUGAGGGGGAGCAGACAGGGAUGAGGAGCUCUCAUUACAUUUGAGCAGCUGUGCACAGAUAGCGCAGGGGCUUGGCUCUAGGUCCUGCCCUACUUCCACUCUCAGCUUUCUCUCAGUGGGGUGCCCAGGUACUGCUGGACUACCUCAAUUCAGUCUUCUCCCCCAGAGAGGGUACAUGUGGGGGGAUCCAGUUCAGCAUUCUGUAUGGAGGGGCAGCAUAAUGUCACCAGUCCCCCUGCGGGCAGUGAGGGAGCAGAAAGCACACAGGGGCAGGAGCAUCAUACCCACACUGGGAUGGGUGGGGAGAUCUUGCCUCACGCAGCUAGAAGCAAAGAGGAAGAUGAGCGACCUAAGAAAAAGAUUGAGACUCCCUUCCACAGCCGAAGAACUUGAAAAGUCAAUUCUUAGACACGAGGCCUGUUGAAUGGGGGUUCAGCCUCAGCAAGACCUAUAAUUGUGAGCGGAGCGGUGGUGGCUCACCUUCACCCACAAGACAUCAAAAACCCAUGGACUUCUGUUAAGCUUACUUCUAAAAGAGAUCCAAAGCCAUAAGGGUGAGAAACACCUGGCCUACCCCCUCCCCCCGGCUAUGGCCACCCCCUGCUAGAGAAACCCCUUGCCUUCCACCCCCUGCCCCAACCUGCCCUGGCAUAGACCCCCUCCCCCCUAGCUAGAGAAACACAUUGCCUUUGCUCCCACCCUGGCACAGCAGCCCUGGGCUAGAGAAACACCUCGCUUUCCCCGUCCUGCCUUGGCACAGCCACCCCAGGCUAAACAAACACCUUGCCUCUGCCCGCCCCCACUGCCUGCCCUGCUCUUGCACAGGGCCCCCCGGCUAGAGAAAUAGCUCACCUCCCCCUGCCCUCCAUGGCACGGCCACCCCGGGCUAGAGAAACAUCUUGCCACCCACCCCCAGAACCUGCAAGGGCAUGGCCACCCCAGGGUUAAAGAAACUCCUCACCCUGCCCUUGCACAGCCGCCCCGGGGUAGAGAAACACCUUGCUUCUGUGCUGUCAUGGCAUAACCCAGUCAGUGCUCUGGAACUACUCCAUACAAAGCCAGCCAGGACUCUGGGGAAGCAUGCCUCCUCUCUCUGAGCAUACUGGCACCAGGGCAAGAAGCUUACACAGCUUCCACUUUCCUGGGUCUGACCUCGGAGCAUUCAGCAUCCCCUUCCACACCAUGCACUUCCCACAGCAAGUCUGCCCAGGUGGGGCUCCUGGGAGGUCAGAGGGCCUGCACCCCAAUUCCACAGUCAGAUGUAACUCUCAGCCAGCCGGUAAAACAGAAGGUUUAUAAGGGCAUGUCUACACUUACCUUCGGAGCAAUUGAUCCAGCGGGGUUUGAGACAUGAUAAAUCGACUGCUGAGCACUCUCCCGUCGACUCCGGUACUCCACUGGAGCGAAAAGCUUAGGUGGAGUCGACGGGAGCGUCAGCAGUCGACAGUGAAGACACUGCGGUAAGUAGUCUAAGUACAUCAACUUCAGCUACUUCAGCUCGCACCCCCCUCCCUACCCCCCAGUGGAGACCAGGCUUUAGUUGACAGGAACAUAGAAUAGAACAGAGCUUGCUAUCACAGAAAUCAGUGUCUUUCAGCCAAGGCUAUCGUGGGAGUUCUGGGCCAGACGCCCUGGACUCCCCCUCUUCUAGUCCCCCCCAUGCAGACAGCCAGUUGUCAGCAACCGGACCUCCGGCACACCCCUGUUGCUUCUCCUUCUCUUUGUCCUGCUUCCUGGGCAAAAGGUGUCACCUGGUUGCAUCCCCCUCCUGGGUCUCGGGUUACAUAGGUGCAAACAGCUGGGCUGCCUCACCUGCCCUGAGGACCUCAGCAAAAAUCUCACACCCAAUUCCCAACACCAAAGUACUGCUGCAGAAACUAAGUACACUGCAGUACACUCGGAAACACAGUAUUAGUACAGGACAAGUAAGACUCAUAUGUAACAAAACAAGAUGAAUAAAACCUCACUUCGUCCCAUCUCUCCCCACUCCAAGACCGAAUUGAGGACUGGCUAAAAACAUAGAUAUCAUCAAUAUAUGCCAGGGGAAAAUUCUCCAUCCCCUUGAGUAACUUGUCCACCAGGCGCUGGAAGGUGCGCCCUUUAGGCCAAAAAUUAGGAACAGGAACUCGUAUGGACACAGAGGGGGGAUAAAAGCAGAUUUCAGCCGGACAUCCAGAUCCAAAGGUACUUGCCAGCAGCCCUUGGUGAGAUGCAUAGUAGUGAAAUAACGAGCCUCUUCUAUCUUGUCUAGGAGCUCGUUGGGCCUAGGCGUGGGAUAGGCAUCGAACUUGGUGAUGGCAUUAAGCCUCUGGUAAUUCAGACAAAACUGGAUUGCCCUGUCCUUCUUGGGGACAAACACCACGGGAGAGGCCCAAGGGCUGGAGGACAGCUGGAUCACCCCUAAAGCCAGCAUGUACUUGACCUCUCUCUCCAGAUCCUGGGCUGUUUUUCCAGUGACCCAGAAUGGGGAACAUCUUACAGGAGGGUGGGCUCCUGUCUCCACCUGGUGGACAGCCCAGGUUAGUGAACCUAGGGUGGUUGGAGAACAGCUGCUGUUAGGAACCCAGCACCCCUUGGAUCUCUGCCAGCUGGGCAUGGGUUAGCUGUCAGAGGGGGAAUUGAUUCCAGUGAAGGGCCGGCACUUGCCUCAGGGAAUAAAUCCACCCCUGCUCCCCACUGGCAUAGGAGUGGGCAUGCGCUGAGCGGUCGUACCAGACCUUCUGCUUCCCCUGGGCAAUAGCUAGAUUCUCCUGGGCCAAGUCCAUGAGCUCAGCGAGCUUUUCCCAGAAAGUCAGUACAUACUCCACCACUGAUUCUCCAUCGGGGGAGCUCUUCCCCUCCCAUUCGAUCCCUCAUCAAGUCCAGGGAUCCCCUCACUCUCCUCCCAUACAGCAACUCAAAAGGAGAGACCACAGUUGAUUCCUGGGGCACUUCCUGGUACGCGAACAGCAAGUGGGGUAAAUACUUGUCCCAGUCCUGCAGGUGCUGGUGUGACAAAGUGGGGAUUUUCCCUUGUUAUGUUGUAUGUGCGCCAAUGUGAGUCUUACAGUUUUGCAUGAACGAUGUGUGUACCUCAGGUUCCAUGUGUAUUGCACCAAUGUCUAGGUUGUGGGAAUAACGGUGUGAGACUUUUGCGGGGGCUGAUCCAGCUGCCUGGAUGCUAUGGCCUGCCCGGAUGCUAUGGCUGCCCUCUUCAUAACCUGAGACCCAGGAGGGGGAUUCGACCAGGGAAUUCCCUUGGCCCAGGAAGUGAGAGAGAGGCCAGAGGAGGAGCAACGGGCAGGGCAGGAGCCAGGCAGCUGGAAGCAAGUGAACGUUGGGUGCCGUGGGGCACAGGGAGAGGACCAGAGCCCUGGCUCUGGGCUCUCCUCCCCACAAGUUGGACUUAGCUGAAAGUCACUGAUUUCUGUGCUAACAAAUUCUGUUCUAUGCUGUGUUCCUGUCGACUAAUAAACCUGUUUUACCGGCUGUCUGAGAGUCACAUCUGACUGGAGAGUUGGGGUGCAGGGCCCUCUGGCUUCCCCAGGAGCCCCACCCAGGCAGACUUGCUGCAGGAAGCACACAGUGUGGAAGGGGAUGCUGAAUGCUCCGAGGUCAGACCCAGGAAGGUUGAAGCUGUGUAAGCUUCUUGCCAUCGAGACAGUAUGCUCAGGGAGAGGAGGCUCCCCCAGAGUCCUGACUCGCUUUAUAUGAAGUAGUUCCAGAGCAUUGCCCCGGUGACUCCGUGACAACUGCUGGCAGCGGUGGGACAAACUGCACAGAGCAUCCUGCAGUAAGUGACUGGGGAGCAGUAAAACCCAGGGGCAUUAGCGAGAGAUGGAUGUGCUGAAGGCUCCGAGAGGUGAGGUGCAGAAGGCGAAAGAGCGUAUGGCUUAAGUCCAAGAGAGAGUGGACCCCUGAGAAGGGCUGUUGCACUGAAGGGGUUCCUCCCAGGGAUUGUGGGGAGCUGAGAGAACACAGGCCUGUGACACCGUGACCACUUGGGAACAGCAUGGAGAUGGCCUAUAACCAUCUCCUUAAGAAGGACAUUGUAGAGCUGUGCAGAGAGAGUGGGCUGCACAUUGGAAAGCUCACUAAGGCACAGCUGAUUGCUCAGUUGGAAGAGGAGGAUUUUUCUCAGGAGCCGGUUCCUAACUCAGCUGGGGCCGCGAAAGAGGCUGGGAGCACCUGGGUGUCCCAGAGACCCAUGUCCCCGACCAGUAGGGGGUCUCCACCAGGUUCCCCAUCAGUGGAUCUGAGAGGGGUGGAAUUGGAGCUAAAAUCGAAGGAGUCAGAGGACCAUGAGAGACAGGGAAGGCAUGAAGCAGAACAGCAGGAGAGAGAGCAGCAGCAUGAACUGGUGAUGGUUGAGCUGAGAGGCAGAAGGACUCAUCCAGGGGUGAGUGUGGAUGGAUCCCAGGGUGCCAAUUCUGCAGGGAACCUCGAGACUUAAUUGCUGCCCCAGGUUAAGGAGGAGGGAGAUUUAGAUGCCUGUCUCGCAGCCUUUGGGAAGGCUUGCAAUCAGAACCAGGCUGGCCCUGAAGAAAGCUCUGGUGUCUAGCCCCCUUCCUGGGUCCCAAGGCCAUAGAGCUGUUUCACCAGAUGGGCGGGGUGGCAGACUGGCUCUUACUCCUGGCCCCAGCCUAUAUGUCUGUGUGGACUCUCCUGGGCUCAGGCCCAUCGGACCCCCAGUGGGAGCGGAAGGUGAUGGUCAAUGGGGAGACAUUCCUGGGGUGGUGAGAUCCUGGGACAGAGAGAACUGUUGUCAGGCCCCGGGUGAUGCAGCCUCACCAGAUGCUGAGGGGUUGUGUGACCUUGGUGAAGGUCCCAGGGAUGAAGCCCCUUGCCCUGCCUCUGGCCCAGAUCCUGUGCACACACUGGAGGUUUCAGGCUGGCUGGUAGUUGGGGUUCUCCAAGAUAUCAGCUGUGACCUCCUGUUCUGGGAUGACCCUUGUCUAUUUGGGACAGGAUCCAGGCCCUGCCCUUGUAACAGCUGAGGAUUUGAAUUUGAGUCCAGGGAACCAAUCAGCUGAGAUUGAAGUAGUCAGUGAAAAUGCAAAUGACCUGGCUGGCAGCGAGGGGGGGGAGCUGCUAAGCUCAAGACACCUGCCUGUCUGUAACCAGAGCCCUGGAGCUGAGUGGGACAGAGAGAUACUCCCCACCUCCCUGCACAUGGGGGAGGUGGCUAACACUGGCUCUGAUGCUGUGAGCAAAGCAGCGGGCUCACAGCCUGCCCUCAUUGGGACAGCAGGGGAAAAGCUGAGCCCAGGGGGAUCGGAGACCCCAGCUGAGUGUGAGGAACCAUAGCCAGGAUGGGACAGCUGCCAACAAGGGCUGCCUUGUCCAGAGGUGCAAAAGGCCUGGGACAAGGGUAAAGCAGCCUUGAGACACAUGCCUGUCAUAGAGGAGCCUUUUCGGAAGUCACCCUGGACUUGGUGAGGGACGAAUGGGAGGGGAAGGCCUCCCCCGAGGGAGAGUCAGUGGUGGAGUAUUUACUGACCUUCCGGGAAAAGCUCGCUGAGCUCAUGGGUCUGGCCAGGGAGAACCUAGCCAGGGGCUACAGGAGGCAGAAGGUCUGGUACGACUGCUCAGCCUAUGGCACCGGGGACCAGGUGAGGGGUCACAUCCUGGUGCAGAAGAAUAAGCUGCAAGGUGCCUGGGACGGGCCCUUCAAGAUCAUCAAGCAGCUAAAUCAGGAGAACGAUGUGGUGGAACUGCCCAACCGGGCUCUCAGCCACCGAGGGGACCAGAUCCACGUGAUGGAGCCAAAAAUUAUGGAACUAUAAAUUAUUGUGUGUGUGGGAGAGAGACGCUGGUACUGGCCGUGUGUGGCCAGUGGGAGAAGGGGGAAGAUCCCCCUGGUGGGUCUGUUUCCUGAGACAGGAGCCGGCCCCUUGCUGGAAUCAAUUCCCCUCUCUGACCAGCUAACCCCUGCCCUGCAGGCAGAGAUCAGCGAGGUGCUGCAUUCGUACCACAGCUGUUUUCCAGCUGGCCUGGGCUCACUAAUGGAGCUGUCCACUGGGUGGAGACAGCAGUUAGCCCUCCAUCAGGUGUUCCCCAUUCAGAGUAAUGGAGAACACAGCCCAGGCCCUGCAGGGAGAGGUCAGAAACAUGCUGGCUUUAGGGGUGAUCCAGCUAUCCACCAGCCCCAGGGGCCUCUCCCAUGAAAGAUGGGUCGAUCUGAUUCUGUGUGUCCUAUCCAAAGCUCAAUGCCAUCACCAUGUCUGGUUCUUGCCUAUUCCUAGGCCUGAUGAGAUCCUAGACAAGUUGGGGUGGGACUCAGUACCCCAUGACCAGGUAUCUCACCAAAGGCUACUGGAAGGUGCCUUUCGAUCCAGAUGCCAGGUUGAAACCUGCUUUUGUCACCCCUUUGGGGCAGUACAAGUCCCUGGUCCUACCUUUCAGCCUUAAGGAGGCGCCAGUCACCUACCAGCACCAGGUGGAUCAGUUACUGGGGGGGAUGGAGACUUUUACCUUAGUGUACAUUGAUGAUAUUUGUGCCAUUAGUCAGACCUGGGAGGAACAUGUGUCCCAGGUGAAGCGGGGGUUGAGUUACCUCCAGGAUUCAGGGCUGACUGUAAAAGCUGGGAAGUGCAAGGUGGGGAUGGCAGAGGUGUCGUACCUGGGCCACAAGGUGGGGAGUGGCUGCCUAAAGCCAGAGCCACCGAAGGUGGGGGCGAUCAGAGAUUGGCCUGCUCCCCAGACUACCACACAGACCCAGGGCUUUAUUGGGAUGGCGGGGCACUACCAGAGGCUUGUGCCCCACUUUAGCUCUGUGUCAGCUCCCAAGAAGGGUAAGCCAGACAAGCUGGUCUGAUCUGAGCAGUGCCAGAGGGCUCUCUGCACACUGAAGGAGGAUCUGGUCAAGGGCCCGGUGCUGGGAAACCCAGACUUUGACAAGUCCUUUAUGGUGUUCACCGAUGCCCCAGACACAGGACUGGGCACGGUGCCGAGGCAGGCCCAUGCAAAGGGGGAGAAACACCACAUCAUGAACCUGAGCAGGAAGCUGCUGCCCUGGGAGCAGGGCUAUGCAGCCAUAGAGAAGGAAUGCCUGGCCAUGGAGUGGGCUCUUACAAGGCUGCAGCCGGAUCUAUUUGGGCAGCGCUUCACUGUGUGCACAGACUACUCGCCCUGCCAUGGCUGCAUCAGAUGAGAGGGGCCAAUGCCAAGCUCCUGAGGUGGAGACUGUCCUCCCAGGAUUAUGAGAUGGAGGUGGUCCACGUUAAGGGGAGUGCAAAUGUUAUAGCUGAUGCUUUGUACGAGAGAGCAGGGCCGGAACUUCCCCAGGUCACUGGCUAAAGUGACCUUCUCAGUUCGGACUCUAAGGGGGGAGAGGGUGUGAUGAAGUGGGGAUUUUCCCUUGUUAUGUUGUAUGUGAGUCUUACUGCUUUGCAUGAAUGCUGUGUGUGCCUCAGUUUCCCGGUGUAUUGCAUCAAUAUCUAGUUGGUGUAAAUAAAGGUGUGUGACUUUUGCACGGGCUGAUCCAGCAGCUUGCAUGGAUACUAUGGCCGGCCCUUCAUAACCUGUGACCCAGGAAGGGGAUGCGACCAGUGACUCUUGACCCGGGAAGCGAGACAAAAGCCGGAGGAGGAGCAAUGGGCAGACCAGGGGCCAGGCAGCUGGAAGUGAGUCAGUCUCGGCUGGCUUGGGGCACAGGGGGAGAGCCAGAGCCCUGGCUCUGGACUCCCCUCCUCCCAGGAUGGACUUGGCUGAAAGUCACUGAUUUCUGUACUAACAAGUUCUGUUCUACACUGUUUGUAUCGACUAAUAAACCUGUUUUACCGGCUA